AUGGUGAGGGAAGGCCAUCAGGUUGUCAAAGCCUUUAUAGACUAUUAUGCCCAGAGUUUGGGUUCUAUUCUAAGCAUGAAAGAUGUCAGUGGAAAGCUUGAAAGGAGGAGUGACAUGAUAUGUUUUAUCUUUUUGAAGAUCACUCUGGAUGCUGUAUGGAGAAAGGAUUAUAGAGAAAAGGAAGAUCUACUUUCUCACUGUGUUGAAGAUAUAAAAGAAAUUAAUUACACUGCCUGUGGUUACUAUCUCCGCAGAAUCAAAUUACUUGGUUUAGGAAAUAUUUCAUCUGUUAAAAAUCCAGUGUGGACCAGAGAUACUGCGCCUCAACCAAGUAAGAGGUGCAACCUCGAGAUAAAUUUACUUUUCAUCACUGUGGCUAGGUUGACAAAUUAUGGUCCUUGGGCCAAAUCUAGCCUACUGCCUGUUCUUAGAUGUCCUUACAGAAAAGUCACAUGUGCCAAUUUAACGAAUGGUGGAAAGUCAGAACUUCUAAAAUCAGGAAGCAGCAAAUCCACACUAAAGCACAUAUGGACAGAAAGCAGCAAAGACUUGUCUAUCAGCCGACUCCUGUCACAGACUUUUCGUGGCAAAGAAAAUGAUACAGAUUUAGACCUGCGAUAUGAUACCCCAGAACCUUAUUCUGAGCAAGACCUUUGGGACUGGCUGAGGAACUCCACAGACCUUCAAGAGCCUCGGCCCAGGGCCAAGCGAAGGCCCAUUGUUAAGACGGGCAAGUUUAAGAAAAUGUUUGGAUGGGGUGAUUUUCAUUCCAACAUCAAAACAGUGAAGCUAAACCUGUUGAUAACUGGGAAAAUUGUAGAUCAUGGCAAUGGGACAUUUAGUGUUUAUUUCAGGCAUAAUUCCACUGGUCAAGGGAAUGUGUCUGUCAGCUUGGUGCCCCCUACAAAAAUAGUGGAAUUCGACUUGGCACAACAAACCGUGAUUGAUGCCAAAGAUUCCAAGUCCUUUAACUGUCGCAUUGAGUAUGAAAAGGUUGACAAGGCUACCAAGAACACACUCUGCAACUAUGAUCCUUCAAAAACCUGUUACCAGGAGCAGACCCAAAGUCACGUAUCCUGGCUCUGCUCCAAGCCCUUUAAGGUGAUCUGUAUUUACAUUUCCUUUUAUAGUACAGAUUAUAAACUAGUACAGAAAGUGUGCCCCGACUACAACUACCACAGCGACACACCUUACUUCCCCUCCGGAUGAGGAUGAACAUGGGUGAGAC